GACAAAAUGUUUGAAAUGUGGAACAGUGUUACCUCUAAAAUUGAACAGGCUCAGCAGUCGAAUUCUCAGGCUCAGCAAGCCCAUACGCCUAGUGGAUCUAUCAAAGCUCAAAUAGAGAUCAUACCAUGCAAGGUGUGCGGCGACAAAUCAUCAGGUGUGCACUACGGAGUGAUCACGUGUGAAGGUUGCAAAGGCUUCUUCAGGCGAUCACAAAGUUCGGUAGUCAAUUACCAGUGUCCACGAAAUAAGCAAUGUGUGGUCGAUAGGGUCAAUAGAAAUCGCUGCCAAUACUGUCGUCUGCAGAAAUGUCUCAAACUAGGAAUGAGCCGAGAUGCCGUAAAAUUUGGUCGGAUGUCGAAGAAGCAACGCGAGAAGGUCGAAGAUGAGGUGCGGUUUCACAGGGCGCAGAUGCGGGCGCAGUCCGAUUCCGCGCCAGACAGUUCCGUGUUCGAACAACAGACACCGUCCAGCAGCGAUCAGUUGCACCAUGGUUACAACGGAUACACGUAUACAAAUGAAGUGGGCUACGGCAGCCCAUACGGCUACGGUACACCGGUGACGCCGCAGGCACAAGGAUCUCUCGGCUACGACAUUUCUGCUGAUUACGUAGACAGCACUACGGCCUACGAACCCAGGCCCGGUGGAGGAAUGCUCGAAACGGAUUUCAUCGGCAGUCACAUGGAUGGAGAUAUCAACGAUGUAUUAAUCAAAACACUUGCUGAAGCUCACACCAACACUAAUCCAAAACUCGAGUAUAUCCUAGAAAUGUUUCGUAAGCCUCAAGACGUUGCUAGGUUGAUUUACUACAAAAAUAUGGGUCAAGAAGAACUAUGGCUUGAUUGUGCUGAGAAAUUAACUUCAAUUAUUCAAAGUAUCAUCGAAUUUGCCAAAUUAAUUCCUGGCUUUAUGCGACUUUCGCAAGACGAUCAGAUAUUAUUGUUAAAAACAGGUUCAUUUGAAUUAGCAAUAGUUCGAAUGUCCCGGUUAAUGGAUCUGUCCCAGAACGCAGUGCUAUAUGGAGACAUAAUGUUGCCUCAAGAAGCGUUCUACACAUCAGAUUCCCUGGAAAUGAAACUCGUCGCCUGUAUAUUUGAGACUGCCAAAAGUAUAGCUGAACUCAAGCUUACUGAGACUGAAUUAGCCUUGUACCAGAGUCUGGUACUGCUUUGGCCUGAGCGUCAUGGUGUAAGAGGAAACACAGAAAUCCAGAGGUUAUUUAACAUGAGUAUAUCUGCUAUACGACAUGAAAUAGAAUUGAAUCAUGCACCAAUUAAAGGUGAUGUCACUGUUUUGGAUACCCUUUUGGCAAAGAUUCCUACAUUCAGGGAAUUGAGCCUGCUGCACAUGGAAGCACUCAGCAAAUUCAAAUUGGCUCAUCCGCAAUAUGUUUUCCCGGCAUUGUACAAAGAGCUGUUCUCUAUUGAUAAUGCUCAGGAUCUUAUAACAUAAGAUUAAGUAAGUAUAAAGUGAAGCCACUGUACUUACAAGAAAAAAAAAACAGUUUCUAUUAUCAACAAGCAGCAGUCUCCUUUUUUAAAAAUACACUGAAGGGGAAUGAAUUGAGAUCUCAUCGUCCCAGCUAUGAAUUAGCCGGGACUGUUCUAUUCA